UGGCCGUUACUUUAGCUCUCUCUACUCUCUUCAACGCCUUAUUUUCUCCUUAUAUAAACUCUAAAAUCUAGUUCCCUUGUAUUAAACCAUCAAUUAGAUUUCUUUUUUCUCAUUGCUUUCCCCCCCUUAAUUUCCAUUGACAGCUAUAAGCUAGAAUUCUUUGCUUAAUGCAGAAACAAUGAAGCAGUAAAGAUAGUUAAAAUUUUUCUGUUUCAGAUCUCUUCAGUUUUGGAUUUUCUGAUUUCAGGUGUGGAAUUUUGAAGUUUUGACUAGCAAGGAAGGGAAUACUGAGUGAUCAUGGCGUUAGGGAAAUAUAGUAGAGUAGAUAAUAAUAAUAAUAAUAAUAAUAGGAAGUCGUCUUCGAGUUAUUGUUCCACUGUCACUAUUGUGGUUUUCGUGGGAUUAUGUUUAGUUGGGAUUUGGAUGUUGACAUCGUCCUCGGUUGUCCCUGUUCAAACCGGGAACGGAUCGGCUGAGGAAAAGAAAAAUCAGGUUGAAGAUCAGGUUACACCGGUAUCCAGUGAUAACAAUGACAGCAGUAACACCUCAGACUUUGAAGAUAACCGCGGGGAUUUACCUGAUGAUGCCACCAAAGGGGACGCGAACGUGAGUUUAGCUGAAAAUGAUGGUAAAGGUAACUUGAAUACACAAGAAAAUCAGGAUAAUACUGAAGAGACUAAAAUGGCUGAGUCUAAGAAGGAUGAUGAGCAGUCAGCUUCAGAAGGUGGAGAGAAAAGUGGUGACAACUCGGGUGGACAAGGGGAUUCCCUAGAGAAUUCUGAUGACAAGAAAUCUGAUUCCGAUGAGAAUGACAAGAAAUCUGAAGAGAACAAUGAGAAAUCUGAUCUUGAUGAUGGUGACAAGAAGCAAGAUGAAAGCUCCUCUGAAACUAAUGGAGAUCAGGCGGAUAAUCAGAUAGAAGAGAUGGUUGAUCAAAAUGAUAAUAAGGAGUUGGAAAAAAGCCCUGAUGAACCAAAAGAUGAUGGUCAGCUGAAAAACCAGAGCUCAAAUGAAGUUUUCCCAUCUGGUGCUCAAUCUGAACUUUUGAAUGAAACCGUGACCCAAACUGGAUCGUUCUCUACUCAGGCGACAGAAUCAAAGGUUGAAAAGGAAACUCAGUUAUCAUCCAAGAAAUAUAGUUGGAAGCUGUGCAAUUCCACUGCGGGGCCUGAUUAUAUCCCAUGCCUUGACAAUUUGGAAGCAAUCAGGCAUCUUCCUUCUACUAAACAUUAUGAACAUCGAGAGAGGCACUGUCCAGAAGAACCACCAACCUGCCUUGUUCCUCUUCCUGAAGGAUAUAAGCGUCCAAUUGAGUGGCCAAAAAGCAGGGAAAAGAUUUGGUACUACAAUGUUCCCCAUACCAAAUUGGCACAAAUUAAGGGGCAUCAGAAUUGGGUGAAAGUUACUGGAGAAUACCUCACAUUUCCUGGUGGUGGAACCCAGUUUAAGCACGGUGCGCUUCAUUAUAUCGACUUCAUAGAAGAGUCUGUGCCUGAUGUAGCUUGGGGAAAACGGUCUCGCGUAGUAUUGGAUGUUGGAUGUGGGGUUGCCAGCUUUGGAGGUUUUCUUUUUGACAGAAGUGUUGUUGCCAUGUCCUUUGCACCAAAAGAUGAACAUGAAGCUCAAGUACAAUUUGCACUUGAAAGGGGAAUUCCUGCUGUGUCUGCUGUGAUGGGUACUAAGAGACUUCCCUACCCUGGCAGAGUAUUUGAUAUUGUUCAUUGUGCACGAUGUAGAGUUCCAUGGCACAUAGAAGGUGGUAAACUCCUCUUGGAGCUGAACCGUGUCCUGCGACCUGGUGGUUUCUUUCUGUGGUCUGCUACUCCAAUUUAUCAGGACAAGACUGAAGAUGUUGAAAUCUGGGAAGCUAUGGUUGAACUAACAAAAUCAAUGUGCUGGGAGCUUGUAAACAAAACUAGUAAGGAUGCAGUAAAUGGGGUGGCUGUAGCAGCAUUUAGGAAGCCUACUUCUAACGACUGCUACGAGCAACGGUCAAAACAAGAGCCUCCAGUCUGUCCUGAGUCUGAUGAUCCAAAUGCGGCAUGGAAUGUGCCCCUGCAAACUUGCAUGCACAAAGUGCCAGUAGAUGCUUCAGAACGUGGGUCUCAGUGGCCUGAUCGAUGGCCAGAAAGGUUGGAAAAAGCACCUUAUUGGUUGAGUUCCCAAGUUGGAGUUUAUGGCAAAGCAGCACCAGAGGAUUUUGCUGCAGACAAUGAGCACUGGAAACGGGUGGUAACUAAGUCAUACCUAAAUGGGAUGGGAAUAAGCUGGUCAUCUGUCAGAAAUGUCAUGGACAUGAAUGCUGUUUAUGGAGGAUUUGCUGCUGCACUAAAAGAUUUGAGUUUAUGGGUCAUGAAUGUGGUCCCAAUUGACUCUCCAGAUACACUUCCCAUAAUAUAUGAAAGAGGUCUAUUUGGCAUGUAUCAUGAUUGGUGUGAAUCCUUUAGCACCUAUCCAAGGUCUUACGAUCUUCUCCAUGCCGACCAUCUAUUCUCAAAGCUUAACAAGAGGUGUAAUUUGGUGGCCAUUGUUGCGGAGGUUGACAGAAUACUAAGACCAGAAGGGAAACUUAUUGUUCGAGACAACGUUGAGACCAUUAACGAGCUAGAGAAUAUGUUAAAGUCUAUGCAGUGGGAAGUGCGUAUGACAUACUCGAAGGACAAGGAAGGCCUGCUCUGCGUCCAGAAAUCCAUGUGGCGACCUAAGGAGGUAGAGACGAUCAAAUAUGCCAUUGCUUAGGCAAAUGCUAUCUGUUAAUUGAUGAUGUUUGUCGGCACGAUUAGGUAUUCUUUUUGUUAAGGUUUUGUUAAUUGAAAUUCAUGGUGCUUGUAUCAUGUUAAAUAGGGCUUUUCUUUAGUAUUGCAUACGUUGCUUCUUUUGUUUUUUAUUCCUUUAUCUUAUAAGUUUGGUGUCCAAAUCUUCAUGUAAUGUACUGUAGACUUUUAAUUUAAUUCCUUAUGGACUCAUUUAAAACAAA